AUGACAAGAAGGGAAGACAAAGAAGAAGAGAAGAAGAGCAAGAAGGGCAAGGGAGAUAACAAAGAAGAGAGGGAGGAGGAAAAAGAGGAGGAGGAGAUGAAGAAAGAGAAGAAGGAGAAGGAAAGGAGAAAGCCUGUUGGUUUCGAGCAACUCCGCAGAGAGUCUAUGCUCGCGAAUCUUGACAUGUGCUCCGCCGAAGUUCUCAUGACUUACAGCCGCCCUGAACCUUCUGCCACUACCUCCUCCUCCUCCUCCUCCUCAUCAUCAUCAUCAUCCUCUUCCUCCUACCUUAGUGGUUGGGUGCCUGAGGGAUGCCAGGAGGCCGAACAGAAGCUGCGGAGGGCGGAGGAGCUUCUUCGAGAUGUGCUGCAGGACGGGGAGGGAGCGAUGGACGCGAGCCUGAAGCUGCACGAGUGCGAGACGAGGAGGCGAGGAGGAGCAGCAGCCAUGGAGGACACAGUGAGCGAGUACAUGAGGACUAACGGGAAGGAGCUCGCGUUGCAGGCAGAGGAGGAGGAGGAGAAGACAAGCAAGGAGGAGAGGAGGAAGGAAGAGAAGGAGAAGAAGGAUACGAGAAAGAGCGACAAGAAGCCGAAGGAGAAGGAGAAGAACGAGGAGAAGCAGAAGCAGAAGCAGAAGCAGGAGAGGAAAGAAGAGAGGAAAGGAGGGUCGGAGCCAGCGAAGACGGGCGGGAGGAAGGAGGAGAAGAAGGAGGAGAAGAAGGAGGAGGGCAGGUCACUGUCGGAUCUUCUGUCGUCGACGAAGAACAAGGAGGAGGAUGCGAUUGAUUCCAUGUGGGAGGAGAGGCAGAGGAACACGCGGAAGAAGCAGCUGGAGGAGGAGACGGAGCUGCUGAAGAGAGCUGUCACAGAGCUGACGGAGAAAGCCGACAAGUCGCUCAAGGAAGCUGAGAAAGAGCUCGAGCCGGAGGAGAAGGAACAGCAUAACCUGAUGAAGAUAAGGAUGGCUUUGAACGAGGCUGAAGAAAAUCUUGCUCUCCUCAACCUCGAUUCCUUGUUCGAAAGCGCGGGAAUGAGCACGAGCAUGAGCGAGGAGGAGAGGGAGAAGCUGAACCGAGUCUACGGCCUCAACGACGCGCUGGCCAUGGCAGGAGCGAGUGAGAAUCCCAUAAGCAAGAUCGAGGACCUCCGUCCUCCCGCUCAGAUCCGAGAGAAGCUGGAGGAGGUGAAACAGCAGCUGGUGGAGGAGGAGGAGGAGGCAAAGGAGGCAACGACCAAGGGCCUUGAAGACGCAGUGGAGAAGCUCAAGAGCGAGGAUGUGAACUUGGCUCGGCCCAGCCUGCUGGUGGCGAGGAGGAACCUGGAGAGGAUGGGGGUGAUGAUGACGAAGGAGAAGAGGGAGGAGGAGGAGGAGGCGAACCCGCUCAAGCUGCCCAAGGAGCGGGUGGUACAUUUCAUGUCGGAGCUGGAGAAGCUGCUGGAGCUGGAGGAGCGCGCGAAGAUGAUCAGCUCGUCGUUGGUGCAGAAAGCCAACGAGGUGGAGGAGGAGGCGAGGAGGAGAAUUCGAUCCGACGACGCAAAGGAAAGGCUACAGGCCAUGAUCCUGCUGCGGAAGAGCGAAGAGCUGCUGAGAAAAGCGGAUGCCCUUCCAGUUGAGGCGAAAGAGGAGGGGGAUGAGUAA